GUGGUUAAUCCUCACUUGCCUGAGCGAGCCAACGCGUCGAGUUUUGCAUCUGCUCGCUUACAGAGGGCUGCUACAGCAUGGGUUACACAAUCCACGCAGAAGUUGGAUGAGUCAAUUGUCGACAUGCCCCCCAUCCGGAUGGCUUUUAUUGCUACCUGCGUUGAUGUACGUACUGUGCCUCACCAUGCCGGUGAUAUCGCGGUGCUGGCCACCCACGGACGGUCAACAAAAUAAUUUGUUGACAUGCACGUACUUUCUGGUCAAUCUUCCCGCUGCCCUUUGUGCCAUUGAACAAGAACGGGACCAUCCAGUCGUCCGACGCACCCGCGAACUUGUGCGACGGAUGCUUUGGGCAAGUGGUGCGAGCAACACAGAGGGCAUACAAUACAUCACCGCUGCCAGAAGAAGAGGAGAAGAAAGACCAUCAGAAUUAGCGGCAUCGUAGAUCAGCUAUUGCAUCCCGUCAACUGAACUGAGAUUUCCGCCCAUAAUAGCGCUUUCGCUCGUGGAGGGCCUCUCAUUCAUCACCUUGCUUGCUGCUUCCCUGCUGCCCUUGCCCUCAUACACCUCCCAUCCCAUUCCUUGGUCCUCUGACAUCACGACUUUGGGUCUCCCAACCCAGACUAUACCCAUCCCGCCUCUGCACGACAUUGUCCAGCCAAGCAUCCUUCAGGCC